AACUUCUACAAUACCGAAAAAAAAAACAAUUUAAACUUGAUAUUAGAGAGAAGUAAAGGGACCAUUUAUCAAGUUUCGUCUUUAUUCUAUUCGACCCGUUUGAGCUGAAAUUGGAGCAGUUACUUGGGCUGCCGACGAUGGACUCAAUCUGCUAGACUGAUUACUCCACCGACAUCGGCCUUUCAGACGUCGAGAAAAGCACUUCCUUGACGAAACACACCACAGUCACUUUGUUCCCCUAAAUCGGAGCCGGUAAUCUACAUUCUUCCCCUUCUUCUCUAGAUUCACUCCGGGAAAUCAGCAAUGAACGUCGAAGAGGGAAGAGCCAGCAGAUUCGGCACUACGAUCCACAUAACAGCCCUCGACGGGAUCGUCAAUGUGAACUCAUUAUUCACUCUGGCGGUUUUCAUCGGGUUAGCUUGGCAGCCCACCGAUCCAAGCAAUAGUCUCGUCGUUGACCCAAAAUGCGUGGCUGGCCCAAAGAUAGCCGAGGACCUCAUCUGCUUCCAUGUCUACUCCUUCAGCUCCUUCCUCUUCUCCAGCCUUGUUGCUUUGAGCCUCAAACAAGCCAUCCGGAUCGCCAAAACCUCGUGCGAGACUCGCCACCUAAUGAUCUUCAGUUUUGACAUGUGUCAUAUUAACAAGAACGCUCUCCGGGUUGGGUAUUUAAUUUCUGCAGUGGGUUCGGUUUGUGGGUGUGGAUUCUUGAUGAUGGCUCUUGUCAAUGUGGCUCAGAUCAAGCUUGGGACUUUAGGGUGUGGGAGUUCGCAUACUUAUGCUGCUGUAAUUCCUCUUCUGACUUUUGUUCCUUUGGGGCUUUUGACAUAUGUUUUCUUUGUCUUGUUUGCUUUCACUCGUUAAAUCAUAUAAUUUGAUAUCUGAAUGGUUAUAACUUAUAAUUAUGUUUGAAUUUUAAUUUUUAAUAUUAGAUGUUUUUGUUGCAA